GGGAACUCUUCCUAGCUUGAAGAUUCUCAUUUUGCAUUUCAACAAGUUCUAUGGUGCAAUUAAUGUUCCAGAAUUCCUUAUUUCCUGAUCUACGGAUUGUUGACCUUUCUCAUAAUGGAUUUGUUGGUCCUCUACCAACAAAAUACUUCAACUUGUGGAGUGCCAUGGUAGAUGUUGAUAAGGAGAACACAAAAUAUUGGCAUGCAUAUGACAAUUAUAUGUUGAAUGGCUUAAUUGGUGCCAGUCCAUACCCCUACUCAAUGACAAUAACAAACAAAGGAGUGAAAAUGGAAUAUGCAAAGGUAUCAAAGAUUUUCUCUGCCAUUGAUCUUUCUUGCAACAAAUUUGAUGGAGAGAUUCCAGAUGUAGUAGGGAGCUUAAAGGGACUUCAACUGCUCAACCUUUCCGAUAACAUCCUUGUUGGUCCAAACCCACCAGCCUUGGGAAAUCUCAAAAAUGUUGAAGCUCUAGACCUUUCUCAAAACAAGCUUGUAGAAAGCAUUCCGAUGCAGCUGACGCCGUUCAAUUUCCUCAAAGUUUUCAAUGUAUCUUACAACUAUUUGACAGGACUUAGCCCGAAUGUUCAAUAAUAUGAUACAUUUGAUAAUAGCUCAUUUGAUGGGAAUUUAGGGUUGUGUGGAUUGCCACUGUCAAGGAAAUGUGACAAUUCAAAGGCCUCGCCUCCACCAUCUUCCAACUCUAAAGGAAAUGAAGAUUCUGGAUUACUAGCUGAAUGAAUUUGGCUGGAAAGCAGUGGCAUUGGGUUGUGGAUGUGGAUUCCUUGUUGGUGUGGUGAUUGGAAACAUUGUUUUUGCAAGAACAUGUGAGUGGCUGAUGAGGACUUUCCGAAUUAGGAUGUCAAGGAGGAGAAUGGUGAGGAGGAUCCGUUGAAGACGAAUGUUUAUCUGUUGGUGGUAGCCUUUGGCUAUGUAUUCUUUUGCCUACAUUUCUUUGUUUUUUUCUUGUUUUUAUUUUGUGUGCGCGAACUGUUGUACUUUAAAGCUGCAUCAAUAAAUUGCACUUCAACUU